AUGGCUGAACAAUUGAUUCUGAAGGGCACUCUCGAGGGCCAUAAUGGCUGGGUCACCAGCUUGGCCACCUCCAUGGAGAACCCCAACAUGCUCCUGUCUGGCAGCCGCGACAAGACUCUGAUCAUCUGGAACCUCACCCGCGACGAGACUCAAUACGGCUACCCGAAGCGGUCCCUCCACGGCCACUCCCACAUGGUUUCGGACUGCGUCAUCUCCUCGGACGGCGCCUACGCCCUGUCGGCUUCGUGGGACAAGACCCUCCGCCUUUGGGAGCUUUCCUCUGGCCAGACCACCCGGCGAUUCGUCGGCCACACCAACGACGUCCUCUCUGUCUCCUUCUCCGCCGACAACCGCCAGAUCGUCUCUGGCUCGCGUGACCGAUCCAUCAAGCUGUGGAACACCCUCGGCGACUGCAAGUUCACCAUUACCGAGAAGGGCCACACCGAGUGGGUGUCUUGCGUCCGCUUCAGCCCCAACCCCCAGAACCCCGUAAUCGUCUCCUCGGGCUGGGACAAGCUUGUCAAGGUUUGGGAGCUCUCCACCUGCAAGUUGCAGACCGACCACAUUGGCCACACCGGGUACAUCAACACCGUUACCAUCUCCCCCGAUGGCUCCCUGUGCGCCUCCGGUGGCAAGGACGGCACUACCAUGCUCUGGGAUCUUAACGAGUCCAAGCACCUGUACUCCCUCAACGCCAACGACGAGAUCCACGCCCUCGUCUUCUCCCCCAACCGGUACUGGCUCUGCGCUGCCACCGCCAGCAGCAUCAUCAUCUUCGACCUCGAGAAGAAGAGCAAGGUCGACGAGCUCAAGCCCGAAUUCACCUCGGUCGGCAAGAAGAGCCGGGAGCCCGAGUGUGUCAGCCUGGCCUGGUCCGCCGACGGCCAGACCCUGUUCGCCGGCUACACGGAUAACAAGAUUCGCGCCUGGGGUGUCAUGUCGAGGGCAUAG